UUGCAGUUGGCAGCAAACUUGUUUCAGUCAGGUUUUCAGCCUCAGUCGCUGCACACGCCUAUUUAAUGUAUACAGCAAACGAAACUGUUAAAGUGAAGACUUAGGUAAAGGAAAACGUACUAAGCCAAUUUUUGGGACCACAACAUAAGCUAAAGGACGGAUAUGAUGAUGGCUCAUAUACUAAUGCUACCAAUGCUUUUGCUAUGCAUUGGGCAAUUGCAAGCGGCACCCAUCAUCUGUGGAGCGGAUGGCCAGGCAAGUGUCAAGACAAGCGAGGACAGUGGGGCGACGCCCAGGCCAAGCGAGGUAAAUCAGUUUCUGCAUAAUGUGCAGUGUACACUGGAGAAAGCUAAGCCCUGGAUAGAAGAUUUGGAGACAGAGGCAAAGCGCCUAGAAGAAACCGCCAAACGCGUUGGCUUGAGCAUUGUGCACCGAUUUGGUAAUCUUAUAGACACGCUGCUUGGCGCUGUUGCCAAUAGGCCUCCCAGCGCAGGAGUUGAUGCCACGCAAGCCACGACCCCGAUGACGCUUAGUGAAAACACAGACCCCAACGUUACUGCGCCGAUAAAUGUAGAGCUUGCUCAGGUGACGCAUUCCGAAGAGCCGCCAUUAAGUAGCCCCGCUCCCAAUGAGGAGGAGAAUGAGAUUAUCAAUAUAGAGUUGCUUAAGUAAGCCGGCCAGCGAAUUUAUAUAUGCAUUUAUCUAGCAUUAGAUUACGAUGAUGCAAUGUACUUGUAGUCUUAGAUGCCAUAGAGUAUGAAUCACUAAUUGAAAACAAUAACUUUUUACAAAUGUGAAAUAAAUCAGAAAGAGAUCUCUUGUCGAGUCAUCGACAUGGGGAUAUCGACAUGGAGAUACCGCGUACUCAGUGCAAGCUGUCGUAACAAGCACUUGAACUUCCUUACAUGCAAACAAAUUCAUACGAAUGUUUACCUUAAUAAACACAAGGACCAUAUACACCGCAAGCUUUAAGCCUUUUAGUUUUGUGAACCUGAACCUGAACCGCUUAAAAAUUAGUAUGACGGGUAUAAUGGUUUUGUUGAAAUGUAUAUCAUAGGUAGAUGAAGGUAUCUCUAACUCCAUAAAGUAAGUUCGUUCGUCUGCCUGCCCGUCCGUGUGCUAUUUUUCUUUAAUUCUGGGGAGACCAGGACCUUCUGAACUUUAAUGCUAAAGACACGUCUCCGAGCCCCAAUAUAUGCACUACGCAUUCGGUUAACGCAACGCAUUAAAAUUGGGCCCAUUACAAAAAUCAAAAGAGACGAAUUUUCAAUUAAUUUAAAUUAAAGUAAAUCGAAUGAAUCUACAUUAAGAGUACUCAUUUUAUUUAAUUAAAUGUAUGUUUUGUAAAAAUAAAGUCUUGAUAAGCAUCAAUAGCCGACCCUAUAUACAUACCUGUUAUGGAAUUGACUUUUUGAACCUAUAUAA